AGGUGAUAGAAGGAAGAUUUAAGAGUGAUGAUUUGGAUAUCGGGGAAUUGGAUCGACGACUCAGUGUGCCAAAAUUUCCAGAGCCUCAAUUGCUCAUCCUGUUUUCUCCCAAUGUUGACAUUGACGGAUUUCCGCCUUGGCACAUCCAUCUUACCGAAAUAUU